AUGAAAUCACCAAAUAGAGAUAUCAGGAAGCCCAAAUUGAGCCGAAAGAUAUUGGAAGAUGAGAACGUCUUUUUCUAUGAGGAUGUGCAUGAAAGUAAGGGUCUUCCUGCUUGGCUUCGCCCUGCACGCCGGCGGAUGAGAGAUGCGCGCACAAAGCUUCCGAGACACAGCGAGAAGAUGAUCAAGGUCGAGCUCGAAGAGUUCCAGUGCUCAGGACAGGAUGGGCAGACUGCUGUGUCAUCAGGCUGGAGUCUUAAACCCCUUCCAGACGAUAAGGGAUACAUCGCCAGGGAGAGCUUCAGCAAAGAGAGCUCGAAACUGGAAACCGAGAUCGAGAAGUCACUCGACGAUUGCUGGGAAGUCAAAAAAAAGGCAAUACGUCUGCGUGAGAGGAAUGAACUAGAGUCUCACUGGUUGACGCUCUUACGAACAGAGUUCUUCAAGACAUAUAUGGAGGUGUAUAACACCGAAGAUGAGCACAGGGACCUGUUUUGUCGGUGGGAACUCCAUGUUGACGUUCUUUGGAACGAAUGCCUAUCGAGGAAAGCCUUGACAAGCCCAGCGCGCACUGAACCGAAACCGGAUCUUACCUAUUCAUUUCCCAUAAUAGGCCCCGCUUCCGGCAUAGCAAAGGAUUAUCGCUUUGAUGCAAGAGUCGAAAACUUCACACUUCCAGUUCUUAGCGACCUCCGAAAGACAAGACGUGUGGUCUCGUCCCCGAAAACGAGCUUGCACAAUUGGGAUCCAAAGGGAUCGAAACCACUAGGUGCUUCAGACCUAGCGUGCUUCCCCUGGGCUAUCGUCGAAGUCAAGACCAGCACCUGGAACCCCAAGAACGGUGAUACGGCAGAAUUUUGCUACUGUCAAGCUGCAAAUGGGUCUGCUGAAGCACUCAUUAUGCGAGAGAAGUUGGCCAAGAAGAUAGGCGACCCAAAUAGCGAUGCUCUGACCAACUACAACAUUGAAAUGCGCUGCAUUUGGGCGACUUCCCUAGAGCUUACCUGGGGCGUCUUCGCACUGCGUAUGGUGAUCGAGAACAUGCGUGAAUGGGUGUACGAACGAGUAAAGCCUGAGAUAUGCAGAUGGAUCGCUCAUAUUCGCUCGAAUCCGAAGCCUCCGACUGUUUUCGUUCCGAACGGUGACCAAGUCGAACAACGCAGGAGAGCGAGGUCUGUCGGGCCGCCGCCUGAAGAGAGACCCUUGGUCUCACCUUCCAUGCCACCAAGGCCUGCAUCUCAUUCAAAGGUUAUCCCGAAAUUUUCGAGAGAGAAUACCGUACCAAGACGUGUACAUUCACCCAGUCCCCUAUCUCGACGGUCGGCUCGACCGACCACUCUUUCCGAUGAGGUAGAAGAGGAUGAUACGUAUGAGGAAGAAUCUGACGAGGAUGAAAACGACUGCGAUCACUACGUGUACGAUGCCGCUGAUGAUGGGGAUUAUGUACCAAGUGAUGCAUCCGACAACGAUGAACCUGAUGAGGGAUAUUCCAGUAGCCGUGGAUGCAAGGCAUCGAAGUUAAGGCUGCGAGGUCGUAAGGGCAGAGGUCGUUGA